UGCUAUUGAAAACUUCGAUGUUGUUAUAUUCUUUUAGGUUGCUGAAUUUAUUAUGUCUUCCCAUAAUCACAAGUUACUUGCUAGAUGUGGGAUUUGUUUUACUAUUUUUGGCACCAUUUGUCAGCAAAUGGGUCCCCUUUUACUACACCAGUUCCAUGGCUGUUGGAUUUCUAGCUGUUGUUCUCAUAUUACUCUAUCAGGCAAGGAAAUUGUUGCCAACUGGCAGGAGAAAUGCAUUUUACCUUGGUAUAAUGUCCAUAGUACUUGGAGCAGGAUCUUUUGUGGUGCAUAGCCUCUCAGCAUUUUUGGAUUCAUUUCUCCAAAACUUUGGGAUAAGUCAAGAAGUCCAGAACCCAGUUUCUGUUUUUGUGGUGCUUGGAAUCAUUUUGUUAGGAUCUGGUUUUGGAUAUUGGAUGGUGAGGAAAUAUAUUAUUUCUAAAGAUGGAGAACUUGAUGUUGGAGUUGCAGUCACAUGCUUGUGUUAUCUUUUUCAAAGCACGAAAGACACUCUUUUGGCAAUGGCUGCAAUGGGGUCUUGUUUGGGUGUAUACUACAUGAUCACGAAGAUUGUAAGGAAAAUGUCAUGUAGGAUCUAUGCAACCCUCAGAGAGCUCAGCCUUGGUAUGAUGGAGAAGGAAUGGAAUGUAUCAUUCCAUUGGAAUGGACGAUUCCUGAAUGAAUGUAAUUCCUUCAAUUUUCUAGAAUUUAUGAAGAGGAACACUUUUGUUGGCCCUAAAGUUGCUUAUGAAACAACAACUGCUUUGCAGAAUGUAUCAUUCCAUUGGAAUGGACGAUUUCUUGAGUGA